AGAAGCCUACGCAAAGGAGGCUGACGGGCCAAACGGGGAACGCUUCGCCAGACCCAGGAAGCGAACGAGACACAGGCACCGGGGGGCCUGACAAGAUGGACAUACAGAGUACUGGACACUGAUAAGGAGGAGCCUCUUCUUUGCACAAGCACACUCACAGCCAAAGGAAAAAAAGGGGAUUAUAAAUUGGUGGCCAAGGCAAUAUCAUACGGAGGAGAGACUCAACACAAGCCUGGGAAUAAGAGAGUUGGUGUGUGUGUGGCUGUAGGUGAGGACGAGUGGCUCGGGGAUGUGUGUUGACAGUCAGCCCUGAGGACCGAGGAGAGAUAUCUAUUCAACCCACAGGUACAGGGCUGAGACGAUCGUGCGACACCGAGAGCUGCAUGCCAGUGGGGGUGAGCUAAGGAGCAGAGAUGGAUGUGUUCGGAGGUGCGCCCCGCUUUCUGGCCUACCCUCGCCCUGUGGUGGUGCAGACAGGCACAGACGGCGUCCUGAAGUGCCAGAUUGGCGGGGACCCUCGGCCAGCGGUCAUAUGGGAGAGAAACAACGAGCAGAUCCACGCGGAGGGACGCUACCGUGUGUUUGAGGACGGCAAUGUGUACAACCUCAUCAUCACUGGAGUAAACUCAGAGGACAGUGGGCAGUACAUAUGCAAGGCCAAGAACUGCAUUGGGGAAACGUACGCAGCGGCGACUCUGAAAGUGGAGGGAGAAGCUCAAGAGAUGGAACUGAGGGAAGAGAACAAGCCUCGUUUCCUCAUCAAGCCGCUCUCCACACGUGUCGCCAGGGGCGAGGACGCAGUGUUCUCUUGCAAGCUGUGGGGCAACCCCCGUCCCGAGGUCGUCUGGGAGAAGGACGGCAGGAAGCUGAACGAGAUCUUCGAGAGCACCCACUUCAGCGUAGGGUACCAGGAAGGGGGAUGGUUUCAGCUUAAGAUCUUUAAAACCCGCGCGCCUGACGGAGGCGUAUACACAUGCAAGGCCAGGAAUGAGUUUGGGGAGGGUCUGGCCGGAGCUGUGCUGCUGGUGGACGCUGGUCCAGGGCACGACGAUGACGGAAACAGAAAUGGCUACACGAACGGACACUGGAAGGGCCAUCAGGGGAAACAAAGGAGUGGGAGGCAGGUCGCGUCACGUCUAAAGGACGACCCUCUGCCAAACUCGACCAAAGUAAAAAUGUUUGCAGUGACUGAGGGAAAACAUGCCAAGUUUCGUUGUUAUGUGACAGGGAAACCUAAACCUGAAAUAAUAUGGAGAAAAGACGGCAGACUUAUCUUGUCUGGACGUCGCUAUCUAUUAUACGAAGACAGAGAGGGCUACUUCACUCUGAAAGUACUCUACUGUAAACAACAAGACAAUGGAGUAUAUGUGUGUGCUGCAUCCAACACUGCGGGACAAACUCUUAGCGCUGUGCAUCUGUCUGUGAAAGAGCCACCUGUGAGGUUCAAGCAGCCGCUCUGUGAUCUGCAAGUCUGGGAGCGAGACCUGGCCAUUCUCGAGUGUGAGGUGCCAGAGGACUCUGUUCCUAUCACAUGGUACCUGGAGGACAGGAGGUUACAGCCAGGAGCCAAAUAUGGGAUGGAGGAGUGGGGGACAAAGCGCAGGCUCACAAUCCGUGACAUCGGGGUCGACGAUGACGGCAUCUAUCUCUGUGAAAUGCCAGACGGUGGGAGAAGCAUAGCUGAAGUAGCUGUCAAAGGUACAAUUGUUAGAAAACUUCCCAGAAAAGUGGAUGUUCUGGAGGGAGAAAAUGCUGCCUUCUGUGUGGAGGUGGAGGAAGAAGAGAUGGACAUCCACUGGUAUAAGGAAGGAGUAGAGCUGAGGGAGACUCACCAAACUAUCCUCAAGUCUUUCGGCAGAACUCAUAUCUUGGUAUUUGUCAAUACCACACCACAAGAUUCUGGUCUAGUGAUAUUUUACGUGGGCAGAUCAAAGACUUCAUCUCAGCUACGGGUGAAAGCGGUGAGGCACUGCCCCCCUACUUGUCCAGUGGGGGUACAGAUCAACACAGAGCGUGCAAACGCAGCACUCCUCUCCUGGGUUCCCGCCCCCGACUCGCGGAAGAACCCACCCUCGGGGUACGUUUUGGAGAGGCAGGAGGUGGGCUCCCAGGAGUGGCUACAGUGUCUAACCACUGACUCAGCCACUUCAGUGGAGAUCCUGGGCGAUAGCGUGCCAUGCGAGGCAGACUACCGAUUCCGCAUUUGCAGCGUCAACAAGUAUGGGAGGAGUGGCAACGUUGAGUUCCCUCGCGCUGCUCAUCUGGUUCCAGUGGCAAGAAUACAAGCACCACUUCAGGACGCCCUGGUUCCAGAGGGCCAGGACGCUUGCUUUACCAUUGAGCUGUCUGCCUCUGUCAUUGGCACGUGGUUCUUGAAUGGCACCCAGCUGCAGGACGAUGAUCGAUUCUCCAUGCGGCGCACACGUACGCAUCAGACCCUGCGGAUACGUGGGGUACGAGACACAGAUAAUGGCGCUGAAAUCACAUUCAUUGCCUAUGGAAUUAGAGAUUCAGCUGCACUCUAUAUCCAAGCUCCCCUCGUAAAAUUCACGCCGCUGUCAGAGAUGGACAGAAACAAGUUUGUUGAAGUAGGAAACCCAAUAGUGCUCUAUUGCGAGUUAUCAGACCCUGAAGCCCCAGUCCACUGGUACAAGAAUGGUGUCGAAUUGCAUUCAGGUGAGGGUCUCGCCAUCCAAUCAGAGGGAACCAUGAGGAGAAUUGUCAUCCAGUCAGCAGAGUUCUCUCACUCAGGGGUGUACAGCUGUGAUGCCAUCGAUGACGUCAUAAGAUUUAAUGUGGAAGUAGAGGCCCCACCUGCAAGGUUCUCACUGCUUCCUGAUUCUGAGAGAAGCAAGUCCAUUGAAGUUGGACGCCCCAUUGUGCUCCAGUGUGAGCUUUCAGAUCCCACUGCCCAGGUCUACUGGUACAAAGAUGGAACAAAGCUCCAACAGCAAAGUGGUCUGAGCAUCCAGACAGAUGUCAAUAAGAGAACACUUGUUGUCCAGUCGGCUGAGUUUUGCCAUUCUGGAAUAUACAACUGCAAGGCAAAAGGCGACGCUGUCCAGAUCAAUGUGGAUGUCAAAGCUCCUCCAGUGAGGUUCACAGCUAUCCCUGAGGCUGAGAGAAGAAAAAGCAUUGAGGCAGGCUGCUCCUUCAUGCUGCAGUGUGAGGUAUCCGACCCCACUGCCAACGUCCUUUGGCAUAAGGAUGGAACGCAGCUCAGUGUAAAAUCUGGACUAGCAUUCCAAUCUAAGGGCAGCUUAAGGACAUUGCAUAUCGAGUCCACCGAACUGUCUGACUCUGGCAUGUACAGUUGUGCAACCGAGGAUGAUGCCAUCGAAUUUCAUGUGGAGAUCAGAGCUAAGCCAGUGAGGUUCGCUGCUGUGUCUGAAGACGAGAAGAGCAAAUGUGUUGAAGCAGGCUGCCCUUUUCAACUGCAAUGCGAACUGUCAGACCCCUCUGGUACAGUCUGUUGGUAUAAGGAUGGCAAAGAGCUUCUUCCCGAGAUGGGACUGGAUGCUCAGGCGGAUGGCACCAUGAGAAGGCUGGCAGUACUGUCGGCAGAGAUGUGCCAUGCUGGACAGUACAGCUGUAAGACAUCGGAUGACUCUGUCCACUUCACUGUGGAGAUCAAAGCUCCACCAGUGACGUUUUGUGCCAUACCUGAAGAUAAGCAGAGGCGGUGUAUUGAAGCAGGCUGCCCUUUUGAACUCGAGUGCGAGAUAUCAAAUCCUGCGGCUCACGUCACCUGGUACAAAGAUCGUAGAGAACUGGAGCCCCAAGGUGAAAUUGAGACUCUGUCUGAGGGGGCCAAGAGAAAGCUGUCUGUGCCAGCAGCUGAGGUUCACCACACAGGGAUAUACACCUGCAAGACAGCAGACGAUGCCAUCAGAUUUAAUGUGGAUGUCAAAGUUCCAUCACCAAGGUUCAUACCACUUCCAGAAGUAGAGAAGAACAAGUCUGUCACAGUAGGCCAGCGAAUCGUGCUCAAAUGUGGGAUUUCAGACCAUAAUGCCGAGGUCAGCUGGUAUAAGGAUGGAGAACAGUUGUCUGGGAAACAUGGAGUGACUAUGGAGACAGAGGGAAAUGAGCGAAAACUCAUUGUUGCAUCAGCAAGUCUUUCUGACUCCGGGCAAUACAGCUGUGCUGUUGCUGAUGAUGCUGUUUCGUUCAAGGUGGAUGUCCAAGCUGUUCCUGUGAGGUUCUCAGCACUUCCAGAUGUUGCAAGGAACAAGUUUGUUGAAGCAGGCUGUCCCAUUGUGCUACAGUGUGAGAUCUCAGACCCCACUGCCCAAGUUUCCUGGUUUAAGGAUGGAAAUCAAGUCCUCCCAAUAGGCGGUCUUGACAUCCUAUCAGAGGGCACCUUCAGGACUCUGAUCAUCCAAUCAGCAGAGUUGAGUCACUCGGGAGCGUACACCUGUCACUCUGAGGAUGAUCGCAUAGCAUUCAAGGUGGAUGUUGCAGCACCUCCAGUGACAUUUGCCUAUGUCCCUGAAGAAGAUCUCCACAAGAACAUUGUGGAACAAGAAUGUCUCACCUUGUCAUGCGAGGUGUCAAGGGUUGACGCCAUGACUCAGUGGUAUAAGGAUGGAGUUGAGGUGCAGCCUGAUGACAAUACCUCACUGCAGACAGAGGGCACAGAGCGCAAGCUUACGAUCCAAGCGUCACAGCUAUCAGACUCUGGAACGUACACCUGUCGUGCAGGAGACAGCGUCUUAAUAUUUAAGGUCAAUGUAAGAGAGCCACCAGUCAAAAUUGUGUUCCCAAAAGAAGAUGUCCACUUGGAUCGCCAUGUCCCAGAGGAGAUAGUGCUCAGCUGUGAACUCUCCAGGCCCAAUGCUUCUGUGACUUGGUUCAAAGAUGGCCAGAAGUUGCAGGACAGUGAGAAUAUCAAACUGAAGACUGAAGGGCCAUACAGGCGACUUAAGAUUCUCCGCAGCGGUGUAGAGGAUUCUGGGGAAUAUGUCUGUGAUACAGCUGAUGACAGAAUAUUCUUCCAGCUGAAUAUAACAGAGCCACCUGUGCGUAUUGUAUCUCCAAGCCAGUCCCAAAUGGAACUUUGUCAGCAGACAGCCGAGCGGAUGGUGCUAAGUUGUGAGAUCUCCAGGGCUAAUGCAGUAGUCCGCUGGUAUCGGGACGGGCUGGAGGUGGAGGAGAACGAUAAUCUGAUUCUGGAGGUGGAUGGAGUCUACAGGAGGCUUAUCAUCCCAGAGACGACCGUUAAAGAUUCGGCUGAAUAUGUGUGCGAUACUGGAGAUGAUUCAGUCACCUUCUUUGUAAACAUUGCAGAACCCCCAGUGAGGUUUAUCCGUCCAAGAAAAAUGGCUUGUGGAGUGGACGUCUUUGUGGGUGACCCGAUUCUGCUUGACUGUGAGGUAUCAAGAGCAAAUGCUGAGGUGACCUGGAAGAAGAAUGGUGAGGAAAUUGAAGAAAGCACUAAGGUCACCAUCUUUGAAGAUGGUCUGAUUCGUCAGUUAUCCAUCCUGUCUGCCACCCUGGAGGAUGCUGGCCAAUACGUGUGCGAUGCAAAGGACGACGUCAUGGACUUCCACGUCAGUGUCACAGUUCCACCUAUUCAAAUCCUGAGAAAAGACGAGAUAGUCACAAAAAGGCACAUAGUCGCACCUGAUGACAUUGUGUUGAAGUGUGAGUUGUCUCGCUCUGACGGAACUGUCGACUGGUACAAGGACAAUGAGCGGGUUGUGGACAGCGAGCGCCUGUCAUGUGAGUCCGAGGGAGCGUUUCGAACCCUGAUCAUCUUGAACGCAGAGAUCGCCGAUGCUGGAGAAUACAUCUGUGAUGCAAAAGAGGACAAAGUUAAAUUUUCUGUUACAGUUGAAGAGGCACCAGUGACCAUUCUAGGAAAUUCAGAGCACCCUGAACAUCAUAGCCUGGUAGCAGGAGAUGACCUGAUAUUGGAGUGUGAGGUGUCUCGGUCUAAUGCGCCGGUUGAAUGGUACUGCAAUGGAAGGUUAUUGAACCCAGACUCGCGAACACACAUAGAAAGUCGAGAGACAGUGAGGAAGCUUGUCCUUACGUGCCUUGAACUCUCAGAUGCGGGGGAAUACAUGUGCGAUGCCGCGGAUGACAAAAUGAUAAUCUUGGUGAGAGUCCAAGAACCACCGACAAAAUUUCUCAAUAAAGAGGAAGAGAACAAGCUUGUCACCACUGAGAAUGACAAGGUGACGCUGUGCGCCAAGGUCAACAAGGACAGAGCCAAAGUCCGUUGGUUGAAAGACCAGGAGCCCAUCAUAGGUAGCCGUUUCAAAACAAGCACUGAGGGGAAAAACCAUUACCUAGUCAUUGACCCGGUGAAGAGGUCAGACUGUGGUAGAUUUGUGUGUGAUGUAAGCACCGAUGAGAUGGACUUCACUGUGGUUGUCAAAGAACUGAAGGUGAAAUUUUCCAAGCCUCUGGAAAACGCAAUCGGCCUCAAGGAUAGUGACCUCGUUUUGCGAUGUGAGCUCUACAAGCCGAGAGGAGAUGUCCAGUGGCUCAAGGACAAUCAGGAGAUUACCCCCAGCCACCACUUCACAAUCAGAGCCAAUGGCUGUGAGAGGAGCCUCACCAUACACAAUGUCACACUGGAGGACGCUGGAGUUUACAGCUGUGAAUCCAGAGAUGAGAGGACAUGUGCGACUGUUGAAGUGCAAAAGCCUCGCGUUGUUGAGUUUAUUGCUGAGCUGCACAACAUUACUGUCAUGGAGGGAGAGGAUGCCACAUUCAAAUGUGUCCUGUCGCCUGAGGACGCUAAACUGGAGUGGUGCAUGAAUGGCAAUCCCAUCGUCGCAGACGAGAAGUUCACCAUGUCUAGCAGUGGCCUGUCCCACACUCUUCACAUUCACAAUUGCCAGGUCGGAGACACCUCCAGGAUAACCGCUGAAGCCGAAGGUGUGGUGUCCAAGGCCAGUCUUCGAGUGCAAGAGGCACAGGUGGUGUUUACCAAGAAUAUGGAGGAUGUCAUCUCUGAGGAGUUCGGGGAGGCCACGUUGGAGGUGGAGGUCAGUCUGGAAUCUGGUGAGGUGCAGUGGAUGAGACAUGGGAUAGUUAUACAAUCAGGGCCCAAGUUCACCCUGAAACAGACCGACAGGAAGCGUAGCCUGGUCAUCCACAAGCUCGUCCUCUCUGACCGCGGCACUUACAGCUGUGAAACGCUCCACGACCGCACACAGGCAAACCUCAGCGUGGAACCGAGAAAAAUAAAAAUUCGCAAAGGUCUGAAUGAAGUUCAGACUUUUGAGCGUGAGACAGCCUCAUUUGAGGUGGAGCUGUCCCACAACAACGUCGAGGCCGUGUGGCAGAAGGAUGGAAUCCGCCUGAAGCCCGGCACCCGGUGGCGCAUGAGCAGCAAAGGCCGUGUGCACGGUCUCACCAUCUCCAGCCUCACCCUGGAGGACACGGGCACCUACUCGCUCUCCGCGGAGAAUGCUAGAUCUUCAGCGAGACUAACUGUGAAAGAAACUCCAGUGACUCUUCUGAAGAAGCUUGAAGAUGUAAGAUUCCCAGAGGCCUCAGCGGUUACCAUGGAGUGUGAACUAUCGAGACAUAAUGUAGAGGUUAAGUGGACAAAGGAUGGUGUGGAACUGAAGCCUGGCAAGAAUCAUCGAAUUUAUGCCAUGGGGCGGAAGCGUUUCCUUCAGAUCUUACGCUGUGAGAUAGCCGAUUCGGGUGUUUACAUGUGCGACGUUGGAGACACCAGUACUAGCUGCUCCUUGGAAGUAUAUGAACCUGAGCUGGAGGUCAUCCAGGGCCUGGAGGAUCUGGAGAUCCAGGAGGACGAGAACGCCGUGUUCAUGUGUGAGCUGUCUCUGGACAACAUCCCAGGAGAAUGGUUCAAGAAUGGCGAGAAGAUCAAACCCACCAGCACCAUCAGGAUCCGACAGGAAGGAACCAAACACUUCCUCCUGAUCUGCAACAUCAAGGGAGAGGACUCGGGGGAAAUCAAAUUUGUUGCCAAAAAUAUUGAGUCUACAGCUUGCCUGGAAGUAGAGGAACUCCCAGUAAAUAUAGUUCAACCACUUCAGGACAAAACUGCUCUAGAAAAGAGCCGCGUCCUUCUGGACUGCUCUGUGUCCAAUCCACGGUGCAGUAUCCGCUGGUACAAAGGCAGCAAUGUGGUCCUGCCGUCCGAGCGCUUUGAGAUCUGCAGUGAGGGCUGCUACCGGAAGCUUGUGAUCCAGCAGGUGGCACUAGAGGACGAGGGUACCUACAGUGUCCAGGUUGGAGAUUAUUCUUGCUCCGCCAAACUGACAGUAGAAGCCCAGUCUCUGCUGAUGGUGCGCGAGCUGCAGGAUGUAGAGGUGGUGGCCCCUGACGAGGCCUGCUUUGACUGCGAGGUCUCCAUGCCGGUGACCAAGGCCCCUGUGUGGACGCUCAACGGGGAGAGCCUGCAGCCUGGCCCUCGGGUCCUGCUGGAGAAGAUGGGCACCGUCCAUAAACUCACGCUGAGGCAGACGUCGGUGGACAUGACCGGUUCUGUCCAAUUCACGUCCGGAAAAGCCAAGAGCACUGCCAACCUCGUGGUUAAAAGUGAUCUUUGAAAUAUGAAAUUGUGGCCGGCUAAUGUCCCUGAAGAGGAUCUGCAUUAAUAUAGAUUUUGAAAGGAUAUUCAAUUUUCUUACUCGUUAAACUGUAGUUGAAACUGAAAAUUCUGUCAAAUGUGAUGACUUGAAUCUGUUAGAAUAUCACGAACUGAGCUGCUGCAUUGCUUAGAUCAUCUGGAGAAGGCCAUUACAUACACAACGCAUCUGAUAAUAACCGUGAGCCCAUGUGGGGGAUUCUCAAAAGGUUUGAAGUUUAAUUUCAAUCUUAAUUUUUUUAUGUUUUGUAUUUGUAUUGAUAUGUUUAGGAUAAUCAAAAGAAAUCAAACAUUGUGAUAUAACUGCCAACAACUAAACUUGGUAUGUAUUUUAUUUUCAUUAUAUUUCUUUCACAACAAUAUACCAUGAUAUUCUCCAGGUCUUCUCAGAUUUGAUUCUCAAUUUUUAGUUCUAUCCAAUGAUCAAUUAUUUGUCUAAUGUAAGUCCAUUGAUUGAUGUAUAUUUGUAUUUUUGUCCUUUGUAUAGAUUUUUUAAAAGAAUACAUAGUCUCUGGGAUGCAGGCUUAAGGGUAUUGUGAAGCAAGUUAAGGGGGGCCGUCUAGUUUGAAGCAUGUUAUGUACAUACACAGGGCCAAAAGAAAGGUUAACUUAGAAUGGUUGAUAACUGAAACAUAUUACUUAUCAUAUCAUGUGACUUUUCAGUUGCAUUUCACGAAUAAGUAUCGAGCAUGUUCUAAUCAAUUAAGCUCUAUUCCUAUCUGGAAGCUGUCUUUUCUGAAUUCCAUAUUUAUUAUCAUUUUGUUUCAAGCACCCUCAAAUAGUUCUGGAUUUAUUGCAUCUCUGACUGUUUUAUUUGUUUUGGAAGUAUCUUUCAAUAAAAGCUUUCUUCA